AUGUUUGCGUAAAGCAGACUGUUUUGGCUUCAUUUACAGCAAUCACUAAGACAACUACGGAAAUGUUAAUGUAACACCAAGCGAUGAAGAUGGAGAAAAGGUGGCCUUCCUGUGCAUUGUAUUUGUUCAUCCUAACACAUCAUGUUGCUGGCGAGCUUGAAGGCACCAUUAUAAAGACAGAAGCAGUCCAUGCUUUCCCUGGCAGUGAUGUGACUCUGGAAUGCAGCAUUCUGAGCGGAGAUGGGAUCCAUGUCUCACAAACACAAUGGUCAAAGAUUGAUGAUACGCCACCCAGUAGAAUAGCUGUAUAUCACCCUAUAUAUGGCAUUAAAUACUUACCUUUUUCUAAGACUGAUUAUAACUAUUCAGUGGCUUUCAGUGAGACUCCCCACCACUGCUGGGUAGAUGUUAGCAAGACUUGGAGUUCCCAUGAUGCCAGAGCAAACCAGGUGGAAUGCCAUCAGUGGAGUCUACACCUGAGUAACGUUAGUCUCUCACUCAGUGGGCAGUAUGAGUGUAGCUUUGCUACCUACCCAUAUGGGACAAAGGCUGCGGAAAUUAAUCUUAGUAUCCAGGCAGAAGAUGAGAAGCACUAUGGGGUGGUGGAAGUGCUAUUAAACGAAACACUGGAAAUUCCAUGCCUUGAGAACAUGACUUCUGUAAAUUUGUCCAAGUAUCCUUUGAAAUGGCUAAUGGGGGAAUAUGGACAUGAAGAAACAAUUCUUAUCAAAGAGUUCUACCACCAGGAUGUGAAUAAGACUUACAGCCUAUUGUAUAAGGAAAGAAUUCAGCUAGGUCCAGACAAUGCACUAAAGAUUUCCCCAAUCAAAAUGGUUGACGAUGGCAAGGUGUUCUCUUGUCGUGUGAUGUACCAUCCUGAAAGAAUCCUGACGAACAUCACCAAAGUGAAAGUCUUUGCCAAACCGGAAAUCUCCAUUGCCCUCCAAAAUAGUUCCAAUGGGAGCAUAGAGGAGGCUAGUCUUACCUGUACUGUAAGGAAGGCAUUUCCCAUGCCGAACCUCACCUGGUAUGCAGAUGGAGAGAUUCUUAAAGACCAAUUUGGAGGAAUAUCUCUUGAAGCUGAAAAUCUAAAAGAUGGUGAAGGUUUCUAUGAAUUGAGAUCAAUACUGAAGAUACAAAGUACAAACCAGUCUGCCAUUAAUCAGACUUUCUGGUGUACGUGUAGUUUUCCCUUCCUGGGGAAUAAAACAUGCAAUAUUUCAUCUGGAGAAAUAGUAAUUUCUUCUGGCCCUGUAUAUAACAAAGUGCCACUUCCAGCUUUUACAACCACAGCUACAACAGAUCCUGGAAUUUCAACACUUCCGUCAACAAUCAUGGCUACCACAGGACUUCAAACUACAUCUUCAACUUGCCUAAACUUCACAAGUCCAGUAACCUCUGAAUCUGUUUCCACUGCACAAAGCCGGUUUGAUUCUACCACAGACGUUCAAGGCUAUACCAACACCACAGCCUCCAGUGAGAGUGAAACAACACAGCGACUGAGUGACCCUACUACUGCAGCCCAACAGAGCAACGUGAAUACAACGCUCUCCAGGGAGAAUGUAACUCUGCCACACCGCAAUCUGUCCUCCAGCACAAUGGUUGAUCCAGCUUUAUUUACGAAACUUGAUGGUUUAUCAACUACAAGGGAAUUGAUUAAUGGUACUGGCAUCGUGGGGAAACCAGAGAAUCCUCGCUUCUCCUGGCCUGCGGUUGUAGCACUCUUGCUUCUGUUUUGUUCUUUUCUAAUCAUUUUAGGAAUCAGAAAGUGGUGUCAGUACCAAAAAGAAAUUAUGAACAGGCCUCCAUCUUUCAAGCCGCCACCACCUCCAAUAAAGUACACAUCCAUGCUAGAAUCUGAUGGAACUACCCCAUCCUGCCAUGAACUGGAAAAUUUGUAAUGUUUCUUGGACUAUCCCUGAGCCAUCUCUGAAGAAUAUUAAAUCUCAUAACUGCGUAAGCCUUUUAAAAUGCAGAUUGCUGGAGUUCAGUCUAAAUGACCCAUAUUUAAAGUCAAACUUCUAAACUGACAAGGUCUGGUAUCUCCCUGGUUUUUCCUUGGAGGUUUUUGACCCAAUCCUAACUAUUCUAAACUGACAAGGUCAGAAGCAAAGCACUCCUGUGUAUGCUUUCUCAUCCAUUUAGAUAUGCAUUCAUCUGACAGACUGAAGUCUAACUGCAGCACAUUGGAGAUUACAGGUGCUCAGCUUGGAUUGGGUGAUCAGAUGGGAAUUUGCUGUCUUAAUAAUGGGAGUAGAUUAAUGCAUGUGUCACUUCAUUAAUCUGCCUAGAAAAAAUGUUGAAGCAUUUUAUUUUAGUAUGCCUAUAAUGAUGAGCACUUUAAGCAUAUGGCAGACAUAAUUACUCCACAGUCUUGGUAAUACUUUGGAAGCUUUCUGACACAUGAGUGAACAGGGUUUUUUUAAAAAAACUAUAAUCUUUCUUACGAUACAAAUACUGAUCUACAGUGAGGUUAGUCAAUGCUAAACCUAAAGAUCAGGAGCAUUUAUAGUAGGGCAAUAGUCCACAUAUAUCAUCACUGACAUCCAACGUGGACUCACUUGGAAAGGCUGAUAUGAAAGGAGGCUGCUGUUUCCUUCUGACAUGAUCUGCUGAGAAGACCUGGCUGCAUAUCUUGAAACUGCCAGAACAAGGAGAGGUCAGGUGAUCUAGUGAGCCGUCUUGAAUGGGAGACCUAAGGACUGAAAUGCAUAACAAUCCAAGGGGAUAAUAAUAGAAACAGUGACUGCUUCCAGGGACAAUAGCUAUUGAAAAUAACAAUUGUUCAAAGAUAAAAAUAUUUUCUGAAGUAUAUUUAUAUAUCAAAUAUAUUGAUCUCAGUAAAGAAAAAAGGAACAAGGUUCUUUAUUUUUCACUCCACAGUUGUAAAUGUGAGCAGGGAGAAUCCUGCUGAGAACUGGUUUAACUUUUUGUAUUUGCUAAAUAUCUUUUAAUAUUGCAAACAAUUUUCAGACAUGUACAAAGUCAGGCUUCAACUGGAAGCAGUACAAUUAAUGUAAGGAAAUGCCAUCAUGAUAAAGUGUGUGUUUCACAAAGAGCUAAAUUCAGACAUGGUAAAGUUGAAAAUAAUGUGCUGGUUUCGUGAUGGGAUAUGCAGCACUUUCUGCAAUAGAAGUGGUAUAUGAGUGUCAUGGAGUUUACAAAUGCUGUUGUAUUCCUCAUAGCUUUAAAUGACUGAGUUAUUUGAUAGGAAAAAGAAAUUAAGAAACUGUUCCCUUUAAAAUCUCAGACGUGAGUAUGCUAUUGUGUUUGUCCAUUUUUAGUUAAAUAUCUGAGGGUUAUAGCAAGCACUUUUCUUUACAAAGAACUUUACAAACUUCACAUGCACAGAAUAGGGAUCAGCUUUUCCACCACUGAAAUGCAUCUGAAAUGUAAAACAUAGCAGAUAACUAACUGCACAGCACCGUUUACAUAAAGUUCACGACAAAAAAUGAAGAAAAAUGUCAUCCACUUACAACUCUAGGGAAAAUAUAGAAAGGCAAAUAACCCACGUUGGAAUGCAGCUGGGACACAGCUGCAAGCUUAGUAAAAAAUUAGCAAAGAACUUUCCGUGGCUGCCAGUGGUCACUACCUUGGUUUUAAUAAAUGAUCCCAAAAGAUGUUGUUAUCUCCAAGGCUUAGAGGGAAGAAUACCAUCUUUGUAACUAACUUCAUUUCUGGUACCUCCCUGGGUUUUCCUUGGAGGUUUUUGACCCAAUCCUAACUAUUACAGGGUUUUCCAUAGCACCCAUCACUGCCAUAUAGAAGAGCUUCCCUGUGACAUAAAUCUGCCUAGCAAUAUCUGUGCUGGUCUUCAUGCAGUCUUCUGCUCUUCUCCCCUCCCCCGUUAAAGGAAGUUCUGCUUGAGGAGUAAUUGUAGUUUUGAUCAUCAUUUUGCCAUUUAUAGUAGAAAAGCUUCCUCAGAGACUUGGGAUCUUGUUGUCUGCCUUGAAGGUGGUCAGACUCUGGUUUAGACAAUCCUUUCAUGUAGCUAUUUCAAUAGCCAAACUUCUUAAACCAAGGAUGCUCUGCCUUCAGCUCCCAGGAACUUUGUCCUGGGCACUGUGAGCUACCUUUUUCCCAAGGAUGCAAGUGCCUGGGCAAGUCAUGGAGGAAGACUUGGAUGCUGCUGUAACUGGGUGAAUUAAAGCACUUCUCUCUGGAGGCAAUGAAUGCAAUUCAGUGUGUCCAAGUCCUGAACUGGUUCAACCUUCCUGGGCUGUUUGAGAUGUUGCCAGGUCACACUCAGAAGAAGAAAAUGGAAUUACUCCAGGUUGACACCCGUGUCAGAACCCAGUCCCAUGAGUUCAUUGUAAUCAUAAGGCUUUCUGAAACUUAAUAUGUAUUUUCCUAUUUUUUCCCCUUUCAUUAUCUAUUUUCUUUUCAAGACUCAUUAUUCAGCCACACAGAGAGAAAAAUGAGUGCCAUCACAAACUGAUAUGUCUAUUUAUAUGCAUAUACCUAUGCCCCUGGUGUCUUUUCCCAUAGAGUUCCUUCCCUCAUAAUAUGAGGUUGGUUUGUGUCACAUCUUGAUUGUUACCCUGUACAGCUUUUUUUUUUUAUUAUUUGACUUGAAGUUGUAAAAGAAAUAUUAUGUGGGUGUAAUGCCCCCUUGCUACCAGAAGGUGGCUCCAUAGCUGUAAAUUUAAUUCUUUGGUUAGUACAGUCAUAACAAUAAAAUGAUGAACAUCCUUACUAAAUUUUUGUUGGCCACAGGUGAAAUAAUUGUUGAAAAGGUAUUGAUGAGUAUGAAAAAUAUUUGAUGCAAAGCUUCCUUCAAAAACAGAUAAAUAAUUGAUGAGUAUGAAACUCAUAAGAUGCAAAUUUGGUCCAAAACCCAGAUAAAGAUACAGUAUAGGUCCUUCAGCUUUAAGAAAGUUGUUUUCUAGAGUCUCCUUCCUUGCACUAUAUAAUGUUUCUCCAAUACAGUCUAGUGAGAGAGAAGGCAAUUACAAAUGUCAGCUAUUCACUUCAUAAAUGAAGACAUGGCUUCCGAAUAAGAUCAGUCAGCUCAUUGUGUAUCACCAUUUUAUUCUAGCACAAAGCUAGAAUAGCUUUGAGAGACUGGAUGGCUCAAGAGGUCAGCUCUGGCAUUUAUAAAUUUCACUUCUAGGUUUCAGUUGUCACUUCAGACUUGGCUGUUAGUGGCCAUAGGAUCACUGUUCAGUAGCGUAUGUGAAGUGUCCUGGGUAGACUCAGUCUACUAGGUGGAAAAGUGUCCACAUCACCAGAACUGACAUGUUUGCAGGCAGAGCUGAGAGAAGUAAGGAGCAAAUGGGCAUUAACACUGAAAUAUCUUCUUGAUGAUCUAGGUGGUCUGUUCCUGCCAUCACAAUGGAAGGACAUGGGCAAGGGAAAGCAUAAUGGAUACAUGCAUGGCCAUUGCCCUUGGUCCACCAGUUAACUCCUCUGGUCUUGAUUUACUUUAACAAAAAACCUCUGUGGCAGAUGUUUUUCCUUUCCUCUUUCUCACCAGCAGCACAACUGAGCAGCAGGGAUAGCAGGAAGGAAGAGCUUGUGGCUUCUCACUCCUUCAAUAGAACACCAAAGGGCACCCUCCGGAGGAGGGGGAUGCUCAUAGUCACCAAUCAUGUUAGGAAUACUUUAUUUGUGGGGGUGGUGGGAGAAGGUUGGGGAGAAGGAGAAAGGAAGUAUCUAAUUACCAGCCCCAGCCACAUCACUUACUCCGGGCAUCACAUGCCACAAUCAGUGGGACGUGUGACCAGUUCCAACUUAUGCAAGUGUGAGUUGGCAUUUCCAGUAUUAAGCCUUGUUUACCUAAUGUUAGUAAACAGCUAUGUGAUUGUCAGAUAGAAGGUGCUUUAUAAGUGCAAAGUAUUUAUAAUACUUACAUUAUAAAAUUACACUCCUUGGCAAAAUCUUGGAACUUGUAGAAUAAAAGCUGAACAAGACUUUAAAAUGAGUUCAUUUUGAAAAAGAAAAAUACAUUAUAAAAUGCAACCUGCACAGCAAAGACAGUGAUAAUUAGACGGUGCAGUUUGCUACUUGUAUUUGUCUA